GGUGCAGGGGACCAAUGAAAUCAAACAGGAGGUUUCCGCGUAACCAACCAGACUGACGUGGAGGCGAGUCAAAUUAAUCCCACUAAAAAGCUGCCGCUGGAAUAGACAAAUUUGAGUUUUUCGGAUAAAGAUCACCUCACUCUCUUUGUCCACGACUGUUGAUUUCAAGGCACUUUAGAAGUGUGGGCGAGGUGCACAAAGGCAGUCUUGACGUCCAGGUUUUCAUUUUGCUUUUUGCGCACCGGCGGCGCAGCUACUUUUUGCUAUUGAAGGGCAUUGGUUUGAAAGAAAGCAUCUCCGACAGAGGACAAAUGGAGCAAACGUACGGAGAAGUGAAUCAGCUUGGUGGCGUAUUUGUGAACGGACGACCCCUACCAAACGCCAUACGAAUCCGGAUCGUGGAACUGGCUCAGCUCGGAAUCCGGCCUUGCGACAUCAGCAGGCAGCUCCGAGUCUCUCACGGCUGCGUGAGCAAGAUUCUGGCUAGGUACAACGAAACUGGGUCUAUUUUACCCGGUGCAAUUGGAGGGAGCAAACCCCGGGUUACAACUCCGAAUGUGGUUAAAAACAUACGGGAUUACAAACAAAAUGAUCCAGGAAUCUUCGCUUGGGAGAUCAGGGACAGGCUCCUCGCAGACGGAGUUUGCGACAAAUACAAUGUGCCCUCAGUAAGCUCAAUAAGCCGCAUUUUAAGGAACAAGAUUGGAAAUCUCUCCCAGCCGACCCAGCACGAAAGCAGCAAGCACUCUCCUACACAGCAUGCGCUUUCUUAUAAUCACAUGUACUCCUACUCGUAUCCCAGUCCUUUGUCACCCACUGGGACAAAAAUGAGCAGUACUCCAGGACUACCUGUCACGCCGGGCCACGUGGGUAUCUCGAGAGCCUGGCCUUCGGUACACACUGUCAGUAACAUCUUAGGGAUUCGGGCCUUCAUGGAUCCAGCAGCCAUUGCCGGAACAGAUGGAUAUCCACCCAAAAUGGAAGACUGGGCUAGUGUAAACAGAACGCCGUUUCCUUCUGCUCACUGUGUCAACGGCCUUGACAAAUCAGCUAUUGAUACAGACAUAAAAUACCCUCAGGCUUCGGCAAAUCUUUCCAGUUAUGUUCCAGCUUGUGCUUACUCUGCUUCAAACCAAUACGGAGUUUAUGGUGGACCAACAGGUAGCUACGUGGCUCCAGGGCACUGGCAGCCUCAGAGCACGAGUCUGUCCCACGCGGGCAGUGAAAUGACGGUACACGGAGGAGAUCUUCACUGUGCCAUGACUUUCAAGCAUCCGUCACGCGAUGGAGACAGAAAACCACCCAGUCCGUUGAGCAAGCAACACCACGAGGCUCUGAACAGCGUUCAUGGGAUCACCCUUCCUACCUCGGCUUCAUAACCAAGAUAACGGACUCAAUACAGCAAGAAAACCUUAAACACAACAAGCUGGUCAGAACUGCGAUUUAGUUUAACUCAUUUCAAGAACCCAGUAAGUAAAAGCACAAUAUUUAUAAAUAACCAGCUAAAAUGGAGAGAAAUGGACGAACAGAAGCUGUUUAUCUUUCCAAACCAUGUGCAAAAAAUGAAGCUGUCUUAAGAAAAAUGUUUGAGAAAAUGAUUGCUUAUUUGCAUUUUAACAUUCUCUUAUACGGCGGUGCUUGUUGCUUUCUUAAUCACACUUUCAGUUUUCUAAAAGUUAUUUCUACAAGUGAAUGAAAAGAUUUUAUCAGAGUAAUAUUUAAUAAUCGCUUUAUCAUGCAACCCAAUUCAAUCUGUCCAUGUCCUUUGUAAUAUGGUGUAAUGCGUUGAUCCCAAUUGAUUUUGGGGAGUUUAUCUGUACUUAAAAUGUGGAACUAGUAUGAAAAUGACACUUGAUUAAAUUAACUACAAAUGGUACUGAAGUUGCGUCAGACUGCUAACCACAACGAGAUUAAUAAUGGCACGUGUACCUCCUACAUUUAAUAGGUCAUUCUAAUAUAGCUGUCAUCGUUCCAUUCUGAUGUGGAAGCCAGUACAAGAAAAACUUGUGAACAUAAUGUAUGUAUUGUACUUUUCAAAUGUUAAUUAUUAUUGAAAGGUUUAAUUAUAUAUAUUUUUAUACAUUCGUUUGUAAAUAUGUCAAUUUAUAUAAUUACAAAUACAAAUAAAAAUGUCAAAGUGAUACUAUCAUAACUGAUUUCCUUUCAAAACGUCAUCCACCUCUUUCACAGGCGAGUCUUCAACUCAAAUGCUAUGUAAAAACUUCAGUAUAGGCUAGACAUGCUUUGGUAAAUUUAGGCUAUUUAUUUAUUUAUUCUCUGUUAAAUUAGAAUAAAUCUCGAACCUAUGGAUUUUUGUUGCCGUGACCGCGAGCCUAAUUAUUAUAUCAAUGACUGGAGGAUUUCUGUGAUAAGCAAGUAAUCAACGACUAAAUAACAAACCUUUCAAAUAGCUGUGUGUAUAAUAGGUCUGUUUGGUUGAAGCUGCCGAUCUGUGUUUCUGUCUCUUAAUGUGAGCUAACCGCGCUUUUCUGGAGUUAAUGACGCGGUGCACUAUUCGGCGCCUCUGAAGAUGGUAUCACUGAACACGAUCUGGAGAGAUGCCAAGAAAAAAAAAAAGACUAAUGUGCGUGAGCUCGUGUAACAAUUCAACGGCUAAAAAUUACAAGGGGCAAGAAAAUAGGUUUAUUUGCAUAUGAUCUUGUGAUGUUGCAGGUCGAAUCCUGUGAGUACCCUUUGGUUAUGUCAGUGAACAAUGUUUUAAGUGUUUAUCUAAAUUGCUAAAUUUCGAACACCGGAUAAUAAUGAUGAUAAUAAUAAUAACACAGACCUAAUAGUAGUAAUAGUAUACUACUGUGUACUGUGUACACCGAGGCUCAUUGCGCAGGUGCAGGUCUUCAUGCGCUGCUCGGAUGCAGUAACGUUAUAAAAUGCUAGCCAAACUCCAUUAACAAUUGUGUAUGCCUCAAUUAUAUUUUAAUAUCAAGAAAAAGGAUAAGGAUAACAUGGUGUAACAUCACAUUAUGCAUUAAAAUGCAUACUAUUGAUGUAAAGAAAAUAAAGAAAUGCAGGAAGUUAA